AACCAAGGUAAAACCCUGUCGAAAUACCAAGCGUGGCUAUAAAGGCACAGUUGAUAAACGUGGACACCCGGGGGCGGUAGCACAUAACGUUUAAUUUUUAUCCAUCCCGCCAAAUAGAACUUGAAUAUAGAUAUGUAAACUUAACGCAUGCAUUUAUUUACAGUAAGGGUAGUCUACAUUUAAGCACUUCCCCAGCAGCACUUUUUUCUUUAAUUAUUCAGCGGCGUGUUUAAUCCGGCCACCUUGCAGUAUUUAUUUACGUUAGGUGAGAAUGAGGCACGCCUUAUUUACAUGUGGAAAGUUGAAACAGGAAGCUUGCCUUUGUGCUGCCUGCCUUUCGGUCGCGGCUCUGCUUCAGACCUGGUUGACAGUCCUCGUACCCCCUCCCCCCUAAAACCCACUCGAUCGAGGGAUCUCCUCACUAUCUCACAGCCCCGUUUGACUCCGCAUGUGAAUCUCCGCAGACUCUCUCGGAAUAAUAUUUUAAAAUAGAUCUUUCUUGCAUUUAAAUCGCGUCUAAACCUGGGAAAUAAGACCGAUGACCUCAGUUUACGAAGACAAGGACCCUAACGCUUUAGGGUUAGCGGAGGAGCUCAGCCAAGUCAGCUGCCAAGAUGAGCUGGACUUUGCUUACCUGUUUGAGUACGAUCCGCCCUGCGUCGAUUUUACCGGAGAUCAAGAUGAGCCGUCUCUGCCCCCCCAAGCCCUCAGCUCCCCGUCCAGCGUGGCCUACCCCCUGGAGGAGGUCGCCUAUGACAUCAAGUCCUGCAGCCCCUCCCCCUACGGUGACCCCACCUCCGACGGCCUCGUGGGCUGCGAGCACCACGAGAACCGGGCCUACCUGGGCCUAUCCAGGCCUGCGGGCCUCGCGCUGAGCCCCAGGAUAGAGAUCACCCCCUCCCGCGAGCACUACAACCAUGGCAGGGACUCCCUCCAAGCCCACCCAGUCAAUAUCAGCCCCCGGCCCACUCUGACCGUCCCCGGUCACGAGUGCCUGGCCUACAGGGAACCCCAGUGCCUGAGUCCGGCCAGCAGCAACUCCUCCACCAGCUGGCACUCGGAGAGCUUCUCGCCCUGGGCGUCCCCCUGCGUCUCUCCCAGCGGUGGCCACACGGCUGUAGAUCUGUGCCCACGCCUGCAGAACAUCCACACGGGCUCCCCCCGCACCUCCCCUGGCACGUCCCCACGCACCAGCAUCACGGAGGACAGCUGCCAGGGGCCGCGCUCCCCCUCCCCGCGGCCAGGAUCCCGCUCCACCUCCCCUCAGGGCAAGCGCACCUACGACAUGUACAAGACCCCCAGCCUCUUCCCUGGGCCGCGCUCACGCAGUCCGUCCCCCCACGGCGGCCACGAGGACCCCAAUGGUGUGCUUUACAGCCACUCGAGCGCCCUGGUGGAUGGCCUGAACGGUUUCAACCCGGCACUGCCCGGAUCCAAUCCCGCUAAGAUCAUCAAGACCUCCAAUGCCACCUUUUACCGGGAGAGCCAGCCGGAGCCGUACCUGGUGCCCCCGGAUCUGGACGUGAAGACCCAGUCCGGAGCCGAGCCUUUCUUUGUCAUCCCUCCCAUGUGGCCCAAUCAUGUGAUGCCCGGUAUCUGCAGGAUCCCCGUGGCCUCCCUGCCGCCACUGGAGUGGCCACUGCCCACCUGCACAGACCAGUAUGAGCUGUGCAUCGAGGUGCAGCCCAAGCAGCACCACCGCGCCCACUACGAGACCGAGGGCAGCCGGGGGGCGGUGAAGGCCCCAACCGGGGGCCAUCCCGUGGUCCAGCUCCAUGGAUACAAGGGCAAGGAGCCUCUGGGCCUGCAGAUCUUCAUCGGCACGGCGGAUGAGCGCAUCCUGAAGCCGCACGCCUUCUACCAGGUCCACCGCAUCACCGGCAAGACCGUCACCACCACCAGCUACGAGAAGGUCAUCAGCAGCACCAAGGUUUUAGAGAUCCCCCUGGAGCCCAAGAACAACAUGAGGGCCAUGAUCGACUGCGCAGGCAUCCUGAAGCUGCGCAACGCCGACAUCGAGCUGCGGAAGGGGGAGACGGACAUCGGGAGGAAGAACACGCGUGUGCGGCUGGUGUUCCGCGUACACAUCCCGCAGCCGGGGGGGCAGCACGUGUCCCUGCAGGCGGCGUCCCACGCCAUCGAGUGCUCUCAGCGCUCGGCCCAUGAGCUGCCCAUGGUGGAGACGCAGGACACGGACGGCUGUUCGGUGCUGGGCGGACAACAGAUGAUCCUCUCCGGGCAGAACUUCACCGCCGACUCCAAGGUGGUCUUCAUCGAGAAGACGCACGAUGGGCAGCAGAUCUGGGAGGUGGAGGCGACAGUCGACAAGGACAAGAGCCAAGCUAACAUGUUGUUUGUGGAGAUCCCGCCGUAUCGGGACCGGUCCAUCUCCCACGCGGCCAAAGUGAACUUCUACGUGAUCAACGGGAAGAGGAAACGGAGCCAACCGCAACAUUUCACUUACACACCCCUGGCAGUGCCGUCCAUCAAAACGGAGCCCGUGGAUGAGUAUGAGUCGGGCUCUUUGGGGUUCGUCAUGCCUCAAGCCCUCGGCAUGUCACCCCAGUCCUUCUACUCCAGCCCCCGCGGCCUGAUCCACCCUGACAACUGCCUGGUGUCCUGCCAGCAGGGGCGCCCCAGCCUGCCGGGCCCCGACUCGCGCUUCCAGCAGCAGAGCCCGGCCAUCGUGUACCCGCGUGGGGCCAAAGGGCUAAGCGGGAGCCCGACGCUUUACCAGCAGCCAGCAGGCGGGGGCGUGCCGGAUCCCCACAGAUCCGUGCUGGUGCACACCGGCUCCCCAGCCCAGCCGCCCACCAUGGGCGCCCCGCCUCACGGCUCCCCGUCUUCUCAGCCCUCCUCCAUCAUCCAGUUCUCCCCCACCAACCACCUGCUGCGGGGGGGCGCCCCGCCCCCGACAGAGCCGCAGCCAAUCAUGUACUGCGAGGGCUACCCCCAGGGCGUCACUGCCGCCGCCCGCUCACCUGCCCCCGCGCAGGUGGCCAACGCCCAGCAGUAUCCCACUGUCAUCCAACAGCAGCCCUACGUGCAGAAGAUGACCAAGAACCGGACCUCGCCAGGCCAGAUGGAGCCCCAGCGAUGCUCCCCGUCUGAGGAGCAGAGGCCCAGCGUUCCAGGGCGGGUCACCGUCAAGCAGGAGAAUCUGGACCAGGCGUACCUGGAUGAUGUUAACGAAAUUAUACGGAAGGACCUGACGGGGAUCCAUGGCCGGGCUCAGACAUAGAGGAAGGACGCCUCCAGGACCUCUGGACUCCCUCCUGGGGAUCAGCCUGGGCCUCCUGGACACCCCCUUGCUCGCUCCCAGGUUCUGGCAACCGCCCGCCCCCCCCCCCCCAGACGGGGCAGCAAUGCCAGUCGUCGUCUUCGCAGCCUCCCGCCCAUGUUCUCGCUCGGCUUCAACACCCACGCCAUAUGGUGACCUGGGACCC